AUGACAACCGAAUUCUUAAUGCCUAAAUUGGAAGAAAUUGAUGUGGAGGACAUGCGGUUUCAACAAGAUGGUGCCACAUGUCAUACAGCCCGUGAAACGGGUCAAUUACUGCAUGAGAGAUUUCCUGGUCGUGUGCUCUCUCUCGUUUCGGUGAUCGACGAAAGAGUGCGUAUGUGCCAGCAAAGCCGUGGAGGUCAUUUGCCCGAUGUGGUAUUCCAUAACCCUCUUUAUGCUAUGUUCUUUAUGCUUCAAUAA